CCAAAGGCGCAAACCAACCAAACUACCUGAAACUAACCCCCCCCUUCCACACAAACGAUGUGGAUGAAAGUCGUAGCCGCAGUCGCAGCCGAACAGCUCCUUCCCCUUGAAACUGCGUCAUUGUCUCAACAGGGUGAAUUUUCAGUCAUGAUGCCCCUCCCAGUGCGACUCCAGCUCUCCAAAGCGCUCUGACUCUGCACAAUGUCACCGCGGCGUCGUCUUCACCUGGGACUUAACCAUCCAACUCUCAACCCAUCACCAGGGUAUGACCCUGCUAAUCCGGGACCGAUACAAUACCACGCCUUCUUUCGCGCUUCCAUCAUGCUUCCAAACAUGGCAAGCGAAAGUCACCAGAUAAAACUUGACAAGCUGAGGCUGCUAAGCUGGAUGCCCAAUGGAAGGAAGGGUAGCUUGGGGUGGGUUGCAGACAUCAUGUCAUUCUGCAUUGACAUCUCGUACCUGCGUGAACAUGAACUUGCUAAAGCGUAUAGGCCCAAGAGGUUGUAG